AUCCAGCCUCCCGAGAGACUCUCUCGAGCUACACUACUUCCGUUAAGCUUACGGGUGCUUAACAAACCGUUACAACCUGAGAACUCGAGUCCCACGAGCCUCAACAACACUUGCUCGGAGAUACCGCACUCCAAGACUUCAACCCGAUGGAAAAUACCUUUCCUUCGUACAACCAAGGGAAACAAGCUUCCCUUAACGUGUAUACAACACUAAGAAACUCAAAAACAAGACUCUAAAUGAUUGCACGAGGUUCAGUGGUGAUGCUUCCUGAAAGCCCGAAAAGUCAAAUCGUACAAGAGGUGAAGCAUACUGAGGGUCCUGUCUCAGAACCGCCUUCACCAGCUGCACUAGAAACGUUGGAGGAACAUGUCCUCCUAACAUGUGUUGAAGACACUUCUCCAGAGGAACCUGUUCUGGAGAAAUCUGAGCCCACCACCGACCCCCUUGAUUCCAAUACUGAUGAGUCUGACAAAACUAUAGACGAGAAAUUACCUUGUGAUGCUGAACCCAUUCCGUCUAUAGAAACUAUCACUGAAGACUCAGGGGAAGGACAUGUUGUAAUCAUCGAGCCAGCAACUGAAAGUCAGCCCAUUGAAGACUUGGAGAGCCAUGUACUGGCAAUUAAGGCCAAUGAUGUGGAUACACCGAGGAGACUCCCUCCACCACCCAUCCGAGACGAGUCUCCUUCAUUUUUCCUGUUGCCACCACGCUACAGGAAUGAGUCAAAGAUCCUGGACUUUGACUGCAAAAGAACAGAAUAAAGGUGGCAUCAGAAGAGAGUCAAAAAGGUGGAGUUUGGAAUUAGGAAUGCUGGUGAACCAUUUUGACUCAACAAAAAAAAGAAAUGACUAACUUUUGU